AUGGAGUUGAUGAAUAAGAAGGCAAUGAUGAAGUUAGCUUUAAUGCUUUUCCUCUUGGGCUUCACAGCAAAUGUUGUUAACGCUCGUUUCGAUUCAACUUCGUUCAUAACUCAAGUUCUCUCCAAUGGUGAUGAUGCCAAAUCAGCAUGCUGUGACACCUGCCUUUGCACAAAAUCAAACCCUCCUACCUGUCGCUGUGUUGAUGUUGGAGAAACUUGUCACUCAGCAUGCAACAGUUGCAUUUGUGCAUUAUCUUAUCCUCCACAGUGCCAGUGCUUUGAUACUCACAAAUUCUGCUAUAAAGCAUGUCACAACUCUGAGAAGGAGGUGCUCGUUAACAACUGA